GUUGUAAACAGAGAAUAUAUAGCCCUAAUAAAAUAUUGAGUAUAUACACAGGGUUAUCACAGACUAGUCUGACUUGUGCCUAUUUAAAAAAAAAACCUUUUCCUUCCUGGUUUCUCAGAGAACAAUGUUGUUACAUCCUAACGUGUUGUGGCUAUUUUCUGUACUGGUCCAAUCCGUUGACUCCUUGGAAUGGUCAUCGGUCACCGUUAGUGGUGGGAGCACCCCGUCAGCACGGAGGGACAUGGCGCUGGGAUACUUUCAAACUCAAAGCAAACUGGUAGUUUUUGGGGGGAGAGGUGGCCCAAUAUUAGACGAUACCUGGGAAUUCGAUAUCGCUGGAGGGACGUGGGCAGACAAGAGUACGACUACUAGACCUGGUGCCCGCUUCAGCAUGGUGUACGGGGUGGUGGGUAACUUCCUCUACAUCACUACGGGGGAAGGGCCAGGCAAGCUCUUCUACAACGAUGUGUGGAGAUUCGACGUCACAACAUCGACUUGGACUCAAGUUUCAACUACUGGAACUCCACCCAGUGUGCGGUACGGAGCGGUAGGGGGCGUGUACCCGGGUUCCCCCCUUCUCUACGUCAAUCUGGGAUUUGCCGGGAAACGUUACUUUGACACUCUUGUCUUAAACACUUCAACAAAUCAAUGGUCCACUAGAUUCUGUGAAGGGUUUUGCCACCCCUACGACCCUAACUACCCUCAUGCACGAUGUCUUCACAGUGGAGCUGUAAUCGAUGCCAACCGAUUGGCCAUCUUUGGUGGAUGUUUGAGUGGGGGACAAACUGGUGGCCCCUGUCCUGCAGGGGAUUCUUGGAUUUUCAAAAGCGCAGAACAAGAAUGGACAGAACUACCGCCGUGCGCUAGUCCCAGGACAUACAGCAGUAUGGCUUUGCUGCCAGAGGUAAAUGGUCAAAAACGAGUCGUGUUGUACGGAGGGAUUGAAAAUGACAGACAAGUUAUUCAGACUUCUGAAGCCCCUGCCGACACAGUUGCAGUACUGGACGCUGAUUCAAUGUCCUGGACUUAUCGUAAAACUACAACAAGCAGUUCAUUUCCUGCAAAGAGAGCAUCAGCAGCCAUGGUUUCCACAGCAACAGGAAUAUAUUUAUUUGGAGGAAUGAACACUGAAACGAAAGCUGUGAUGAAUGACAUUUGGUUCUUGAGUGGAAACUCCAGCUCUGCAGACCAGGCAGCCAUUGUGGAGUGUGCCUCCAUUUUUACUAAUUUCCCACUGGUACAUGGUAUUCUGAUGUUCCUGGGGUGGGGCGUGUGUCUGGUCUGGGGGACAUUCAUUGCCAGAUACUUCAGCUCCUCUGGGACCACAUGGUUUCUCCUCCACAGAAUAUUUCAGGUAUCAGGAUUGGUCCUCAGUGUUAUUGGUCUGGUCAUGGGUAUAGUGGCUGUCCAAUUUGACCACUUUAAGUUUGCACAUGGUGCCAUAGGAAUUAUAAUCAUGCUGCUAGGUCUAAGUCAACCUUUCAAUGCUCUCAUUCGCCCACACAGACCAGAAGAAGGGGAGAAAAAAACUCUAAAGAGGAGGAUCUGGGAGUUAUUCCACCACAACAUUGGGCGUGUGGCUGUAGCCCUGGCCCUGGUCAACAUUUCCCUGGGGGUCUUCCUAGCCCUCGCCCACACAGCUGUCUGGGCUCUGUGGUUUGUUUACCUUAUCAUCAUCAUUCUAGUGUUUUUAUUCUUUGAGCUCCUAAAGAUUGAAGUUGUCCAUGAAAAACUGUCUGCAAUUUUACCGCUCAAGAAAAAGGACUACCCUGUGUCCAGUGAACAUAAAAUGGAGAAAAUGAGUAACAAACAAGAUGUUGAAAAGAAAGACUAGAGUAUCAACUGAAGUCUAGGAGAAAUCCACUUGUUAAUAAUCUGCACAGUACUCAUCCUUCAUGGCUGCUUUUUUGGGCCAUUGUGUCAUUACAGUAUGAUGAUUUAUUUUUAAAAAAAUAUUUUUAUCAAAUACAGUCUUGAUGUCAAGUUGAUACUGAAACUCUUCAGUUACUAGCUGUUAUAAUUUUUUGCAAUAUCUUUCUUUAGCAACAAUUUGUUGAAAUUGAAGAAAUUUUUACUGUGUACAUGUAUCUGUUGAAGAAAGUGGUGCAGGCACCAUAUGAUUUCUAUGUAACAAUUAUUUUAUAAUAUAUGUACCCGGUAUUGUAUAUUGUAUUGUAUCCAACAUUAUUUGUUUAGUAGCGGAUGCUGGACAUCGCUUAACUUGUCUAUGUAUUAUUAUUUACCAAAUUGACAUACCACUUUGUACGUUAAUAAAAUUAUUUUUUAAUAUUAAAUGCAUGCAUAUUCA